AAAAAAAACAUCUUACACCAGAAGACCAUUUUACAAGUCCCCUGCAAGACACUUACUUAAGCACUGCCCACGGAUCCGUUGUGGCAACAAGGAAAGGAAAUUCAGUUUGCCUGUCUCAGCAGGAAUUAAGCUAAAGCAGCUUAAAAUCAUGCCCCCAAAGAAAAGCUUAUCUGUAUGCCGAGCUCCUUUGAUUCUCUUCCUGUGCCAGGUGAUGAAUGCCCUGGAAGUCCCUCUUGAUCUGGUGCAACCUCCAACCAUCAUUCGUCAAUCUCCAAAAGAUUACAUUAUCGACCCCCGAGAGAAUAUUGAAAUCCAAUGUGAGGCAAAAGGAAAGCCUCCUCCCAGCUUCUCCUGGACACGCAAUGGGACUCAUUUUGACAUAGACAAAGACCCCCUAGUAAAAAUGCUGCCCAACUCAGGAACCCUUGUAAUCAGCAUUACAAUUGAAGGGAAGGCAGAGACAUAUGAAGGAGUCUAUCAAUGUACUGCAAGGAAUGAACGUGGGGCAGCAAUUUCUAAUAAUAUUGUCAUUCGCCCAUCCAGAUCUCCCUUGUGGACCAAAGAAAAACUGGAACAAAUCACAAUUCUGAAAGGGCAGUCUCUCAUACUUCCUUGCAGACCCCCACUUGGAUUACCACCACCUAUCAUAUUUUGGAUGGACAAUUCUUUUCAACGCCUUCCCCAAAGUGAAAGAGUUUCCCAAGGUCUAAAUGGAGACCUUUAUUUUUCUAAUGUGCUACCAGAAGAUACUCGUGAAGAUUAUAUUUGUUAUGCAAGAUUUAAUCAUACUCAGACCAUCCAGCAGAAGCAACCCAUUUCUGUGAAAGUACAUUCAAUGGAUGAAUUGAAUGACACUAUAACUGCUAAUUUGAGUGACUCUGAGUUUUACGGUGCCAAGUCCUAUAUCGAGAGGCCUCCAAAACUUUUGACUCCAGAAGGCCGCACAAGUCAUAAAGAAGAGUUACGAGAAAAUGUUCUUUCCCUAGAGUGUAUUGCAGAAGGCUUGCCUACUCCCUCGAUCAAUUGGACAAAAGUAGAUGGAGAGCUACCUGUCAACCGGACGUUUUACAAAAACUUUAGGAAAACUCUGAAUAUCAUUCAUGUUUCAGAGGCAGACUCUGGGAAAUACAAGUGUACAGCAAGAAAUUCUUUAGGCUUUGUUGAACAUACUAUUUCAGUCACAGUCAAAGCGGCCCCAUACUGGAUCACAGCUCCUAGAAACCUUGUGCUGUCCCCUGGGGAAGAUGGGACUUUGAUCUGCAGAGCUAGUGGAAAUCCCAAACCCAGCAUUAGCUGGUUAACAAAUGGUGUUCCAAUAGAAAUGGCUCCUGAUGAUCCUAGCAGAAAAAUAGAUGGUGAUACCAUUCUCUUUUCUGAUGUUCAAGAAAGUUCCAGUGCUGUUUAUCAAUGCAAUGCUUCAAAUGAAUAUGGAUACUUGCUGGCAAAUGCAUUUGUGAACGUUUUGGCUGAACCACCACGGAUACUUACUGAAGCAAAUUUGCGUUAUCAGGUCAUUACAGACAGGCCUGCUAUGUUAGAUUGUGCUUUCUUUGGUUCUCCCAUUCCUACCAUCGAAUGGUUUAAGGGAACAAAAGGAAGUGUUCUCCAGGAGAACACAUAUGUGUUCCAUGACAAUGGAACUUUGGAAAUUCCCAUGGCUCAGAAAGACAGUGCAGGCACAUACACAUGUGUAGUAAGGAACAAGUUAGGGAUGGCGAAAAAUGAUGUUCAUCUAGAAAUCAAAGAUCCCACCAGAAUCAUUAAACAGCCUGAAUACAAAGUUGUGCAAAGAGGUGGCAAAGUUUCCUUUGAAUGCAAAGUGAAACAUGAUCCAACUUUAAUAGCUACUCUCACUUGGCUGAAGGAUGAUGGUGAGCUGCCAAAUGAUGGAAGAUUCAGUGUCGAUAACGACCAUCUGGUUAUAAUGAACAUAAGUGAUGAAGAUGAUGCAACCUACACUUGUGUAGCAAAUACAUCUCUGGACAUUGUUUCUGCAAGUGCUGUGCUUAGAGUUGUUGAUCGUCCAAAUCCGCCCUUUGAUUUGGAAUUGACAAGUCUUCUUGAAAGAAGUGUUCAACUGUCAUGGAUACCAGGAGAUGAAAACAAUAGCCCUAUUACAGAUUUCAUCAUUGAAUACGAAGAUGCCUUGCAUGAGCCAGGCAUAUGGCAUCACCAGACUGAUGUUCCUGGAACACAGACAACAGUAGAGUUGAAACUUUCUCCUUACGUAAAAUAUUCUUUCCGUGUAAUUGCUGUCAACAGUAUUGGUAGAAGUCUGCCCAGUGAAGCAUCGGAAUAUUAUAUGACAAAAGCAGCAGAACCAGAAGAGAAUCCCACCGCUGUUGAAGGAAUAGGAUCAGAGCCUGAUAAUUUGGUGAUUACAUGGCAGCCCUUAAAAGGUUUUGAUUCUAACGGACCUGGUCUUCAGUAUAAAGUCAGCUGGCGCCAGAAAGAUGGUGACGAUGAGUGGACAUCUGUUGUAGUUGCAAAUGUAUCCAAGUACAUCGUAUCAGGCACACCAACCUUUGUUCCAUAUCUGGUGAAAGUACAGGCACUCAAUGAUGUGGGAUUUGCUCCAGAGCCUGUGAUAAUCGUUGGGCAUUCUGGAGAAGACUUACCUAUGGUGGCUCCCAGCAAUGUGCAUGUGAAUGUGGUGAACAGCACUUUGGCUGAGGUGCACUGGGAGCCAGUACCCCCAAAAAGUAUUCGAGGACACUUGAAAGGCUAUCGGAUUUACUACUGGAAAGUGAAAAAUUCAUCUAAGAGGAACAGGCGCCAUGUUGAGAAAAAAAUCCUCACCUUCAAUGGCAGCAAGACUCAUGGCAUGUUGCCAGGCUUGGAGCCGUUUAGCCAUUACAUACUGAAUGUUCGAGUUGUCAAUGGGAAAGGGGAGGGGCCUGCCAGUGUUGACCAAGUAUUCAAUACUCCAGAAGGAGUUCCCAGUGCUCCUCUUUUUCUGAAGAUUGUUAAUCCAACCCUUGAUUCACUAACUCUGGAAUGGGAUCCACCGAGUCAUCCAAAUGGUAUUUUGACGGCAUAUACCCUGAAGUUUCAGCCAAUUAACAGCACACAUGAAUUGGGCCCUUUGGUAGAUUUAAAAAUUGCAGCCAACAUGACAAGCCUGGUUUUAAGAAAUUUAAGUUACAGCACGCGCUACAAGUUUUAUUUCUAUGCACAAACCUCAGCAGGAUCUGGAAGUCAAAUUACUGAGGAAGCUGUGACCACUGUGGAUGAAGCAAUGGCAAGCCGGCAAGUGGACAUUGCAACUCAAGGCUGGUUCAUUGGUCUGAUGUGCGCUGUUGCGCUUCUCAUCUUGAUUUUGCUGAUUGUUUGCUUCAUCAGAAGAAACAAGGGUGGUAAAUAUCCAGUCAAAGAAAAAGAAGAUGCACAUGCUGAUCCGGAAAUUCAGCCUAUGAAGGAAGAUGAUGGAACUUUUGGAGAAUACAGGUCUCUUGAAAGUGAUGCAGAGGAUCAUAAACCUUUAAAAAAGGGAAGUCGGACGCCUUCAGACAGGACCGUGAAAAAGGAAGAUAGUGAUGAUAGUUUGGUUGACUAUGGAGAAGGGGUAAAUGGCCAGUUCAAUGAGGAUGGUUCCUUUAUUGGACAAUACAGUGGUAAGAAAGAGAAAGAACCAGCAGAAGGAAAUGAAAGUUCUGAGGCUCCUUCUCCUGUCAAUGCCAUGAACUCCUUUGUUUAACGUUUGAAUUCACUGCCGACACACCCGUAUGCUCCGUGAUAUUUUUUUUAAAGCACUUGUAUGUCAGCCUUCUCACACUGUGAACAUGUAGGUAGAAAAGCUACUUUCUACUGUAUGUUUAUACUAUGAGACAGAUAGAUCAAACAUUUACACAAAUGAAUAACUCAGUAAAAGUGGUAUGUUAGUGUCAAUUGGAAUACAAAAUGCAGACUUUUCGUUCAUAAAAUGCAUAUCUUUUAAAAAUUUCUUCAGAACUGACAAAUAAUACAACAACUGAUAAUGUUAUUUCCUGGUGAAGAUACAGUACAAUGCAUGAAAAAUGCUACCACAUUUUACAGACAAACCUGUAUAUGUUAUUAAAACAGGGUUUGAUAUUUUGUAAUGCAGUCCUUGGCUGAAUCCCUAGAUAUGAAUUCCGUUUUCAUUGUCAAGAGUGUUAUCGUAGUAUUAUCUAGAACUUCAAUGUCUUUGUGGACAUUGUUGUGAAAUUGGUGACUUAAUGUCUAGCUGUCAUAAGUCUUCUUGCAAGACAAUUAGGAACAGUAUAUACAGUAUAGAAUUGCUAAAUGAGUGAAGUAUGACACUUGCAUUUGCUUACUGAGAUUCUUAUUACCUUCUCUUUGCUCCUAUUACUUUAUUGCCUUCUAAAUCUAUCGAGUAUUACAGCAGUACAGUGUUCUGUUUUUUUACCGUCUAGAUGGUGGAUUGUUUAGGCAAAAACAACAUGCAUUUCAGUGCAUUUUGAAAUCAGUACAGUCCUGAAGCAAAUUGAAAGCAAACCAUUUAAAAUUUUCUUCAAACAAAUAAAAAACAAUCCAGAAAACACAGAGCAAGAUACAUUCAGUGCCUUCAUACAAUAUGCAUUCCAUAAUAUGCUACCCUGCUAAAAUCAGUUGGUGCGAUAAAAGCGGAUCAGUGGACUACCAUCAUUGCCAAAAAAAAAAAGCACCUUUUUAAACAACCUAGAAGCAAUGAAAGUCGUUGUGCUGCAAAAUGGAAACACAAUUUCAAAGGCAUAAAAGUACUGUGUGUUUUGAGGGUUUGUUUCUUGAGAAUUGAAAGAAAAGCUUCACAACCAGCCGAGCACAUAAUCAUGAUUUGUAGCCUUACAUGUUUUCCAAAAACAAAACAAAACAAAACAAAGUAAAAACAAUCAAAUUCAGCUAGGGAAGCAAGAGAUCAACCUGGUGGCAAAACAUCAACAAAAACAAUCUGUUUGCUCCAAAAGGCCAUGACACCAUGCCUACAGCUGUUCACGAUCCUCUAAGUCUUUACUUGACCCAGGUGGCAACUUUUGAAACCAUGUACAGCAUUAAGCAAUGUGCAUAUAAAUUGUUAUGGACAACUUCAGAAUCUGAGAACUCUGACAAGUGCUAAUAAGGCCUAGUGGUUAAAAGGAUUACAGUUAUUAGUUUCAAAAAAAAACAGCAUUCUCUCAAAUUCAUGAACUCUAUCAAAUGGCUUACCUCCAAAUAUGAAAUUUUAUAACAACCUAUGGUUGAAGGAAUGCUCAGUUUCAUUUGCCAAUAAAUUGGUUUCUCAUAACUUGCAUCAAGUUUAAUUUUAAGUAAAGCUUUUUAUAUGUAGAUAUUUUGUUGAAUUUGUAAAUACACUUAAAGUGUAGAUGCUAUAUGCUUAUAGGUGUUACAUACAAAUAAACACAAUCGAAAUGUUUAUGUUGUACUGUGUAAGAAGUAUGAUAGCCGGUGGAGUGCAUGGGAUUUGAAAGCAUCUACUUAUACAUCUUUUUUUCUUUUUCUUUUUCUUUUUUUUUUUUGCUGUGAAACAAAUAGUGAACUGUUUAAUGUAUCAACAGAAGGUUUCUAGAUAAAAUCUUCAGAGCUAAUGCCUGUGAGGUACAAUAGGCCUUAGUCAUCUAGCCGCUUUUAUGUGUGUAGGUAAAGCACAGUCUGAAGGAAUCCCAAAUGAAGAUGGCCACAUAUUCUUUCAUAGCACUGUAUUUGCUUCUCCCAAAUCAGCUUUCACAUUGAUACUAAAAGAAAAAAAAAGACAAAAAAAAAAAAGAAAAACAGAUUGAUCAGAGAGCACAAAAAUAAAUGUUACUAGGGAUUUACCAAUGUUCUUAGUAACAGAAGGAAAACAAGUACAAUUUUACUCUUCUGUAAUGGUAGAUGCUAAAUUUAUCUGUGCAUGAAGGGGUCACUUCUGUAAUAGUG